GUUUUGUAGUCUGACCAUGAAACUAUACCAAAAUUUACCAAUAAUAAAACAUAUGUUGCUUUGUUAAGCUUUUCACUAUUUUCAGGCCUUAGCCUUUAGUCAUGAUAUUAAUAAUAAUAAUAGACUACUAGUCUGACUAGAUCUAGACAAAAUCUAGAUUUUCUAAAUAUCUAGACAAAAGAGAUCUAAUAAGCUAGAUACUAAGACUAAGAAUGAGUAACUCAGGUCAGACGCCUCAGUGAGGCUCAGUAACUCAAAGCAACAAAAAUGAAUGAAUCAUCUGAUUUCCAUGAUGUUUUUACAUCUUCUGAUGACAGUGAUGUUUCUUAUGACAACUUGCUGCGUGCCAUCAGCAAAUGUUUUGUUGUAAUUGUUGGUAGCUAUAUUGCUGGUAGAGUUGGGCUCAUAACACCAACUCAGAGUUCAGGGAUUGGGACUUUUGUGUCUAAAUUCUGUCUACCAGCUUUGCUAUUUAAAAGCAUGUUAGAGUUAAAAUUUUCAGAGGUGAAUUGGCUUUUCUUAUUGGGUAUACUUAUAGCUAAAGUCUUCUUAUUUGUCCUUGUUGGUUUAAUCACACUGCUUGUUAAACGCCCAAUGAAUCUUGGCUAUGCAGCUAUUUUUGGAAUAUUUACUACACAGAGUAAUGAUUUUGCCUUAGGUUAUCCCAUUGUUCAGGCAUUAUAUGGCAAGACCCAUCCAGAUUUCCUCAAGUACCUCUAUCUCAUUGCUCCAAUAUCUUUAGUCUUGAUCAAUCCCAUUGGAUUCACACUCAUGGAGCUGCAUAAAUACAAGUCUGUAGAAGAGGAGUCAAGCUCUAAGUUAAAAACAGCUGUACUUCAUGUGGUUAAAGGCGUGCUUCUCAAUCCUAUAGUAUUCAUGACAGCUAUUGGUGUGAUAGGAAACUUUAUUUUUGCUGGCAGUAUCCCUGGAUACUUGGAUGACAUUCUUACUAUGUUAGGUGAUGCUUACAAUGCUUCAGCUCUGUUCUAUUUAGGACUUAGUAUGGUAGGCAAAGUGCGUAGCCAGCUUGGUAUUGGUAUUCUGGUACCACUUUCACUUAUCACUGCUAAAACGCUUUUCCUCCCCCUGAUUACUUGGGAAGUUGUUGGCUGGAUGGAAAAUGGAAAUAUAUCUACAUCAUACAGCAUGUAUGCAUUCCUCUAUGGCACAUUUCCAACUGCACCUUCAGUGUUUCUCUAUGCCAGUGAUUAUGGCAUUGCACAAGAUGUGAUUGCUACAGCCCUUGUGUUAGGAACUUUUUUGUCAGCACCUCUCAUGUUUGUCUCAGCCAAGAUGGUUACUUUAAUUGUCAACACUGGCACAGCUUACAAGAAUGUUCUCAGUGAAACUUCAUUUGAUGUCAGCAUCAUCAGUAUAGUUUGUAGUGUUUGGGUUGUUGGUCUCUUUGUUGCUAGUGGGAAAUGGAAACGUGUUCCUCAUAGAUUCACUAUGGCAUUUAUUUUUUCUCAUAUUCUGUCCUGUAUUGGUAUGAUCACAUUUUAUUGCAAUGGAGAAACUGCUAACUGGUUCCAUUACCCUAUCAUUAUUUGUUUGCUGGUUGGAGUUUUCUCCACCAGGUGCUGGACUGCUGCUAUGGCAAUAGCAUUAUGCUUACUUCAUGUUCGCAGCCUUUGCUAUGUUUUACGCAAGCAGAUCUGGUUUUACUUUAUUGGAUUUGGAAUUCCUGUACUAUCUACUGGAGUUUUGUUUCUAAUAGGAUCUCACAAUAUGAAGGAUGCAAUUGAUCCAGCAUUUCAUUAUGGAACACUUCAGGCCUGUUUUUCUCUAGUCAUUCUUCUGUUUUGUCUCUUGGUCACUUUAUUCUCACUCAUAUGGUGGCAGAGACAAGAAAAACAAAUCGUGUACCAGCGACUUGACAGUCAGAGGCACAGCAGCACAAAUAGCUGCAUACCUAUCACAAACACAAAUGGAGAGAAUGUUGACAGUGCAGAAAACACCUUUGAUGAAAAGCCACCAUUGAUUGAUAGUUUAAUUGAAAGUAAAGGGUCAUCUGUUCAGGUGUCUGAUGAUAGUUUUAAAGAUGCAACUGAAACCAAUGUUAAAAGAAAACAUUAUCAUAGCUACAGUGAGGAGCAUACUCUUAAAAAGGCUGCCAGCAUUGAGGACUUGUUUCCUUACAAUAGUAACUUCUCUGAUGAUGUAUUUACUGAGUAUGAAUCUUCAGGGGCAGACGCCAUGGAGUCUGUCUCUGAGAGAACUUGCCUUCUGAACCAGUGCAGCAAUGAGCAGCGAUAUGUUUGCAUGGACCGGCUUCGCAGCUACACUGCUACUUCAUUGGUCAAUGGGGACUCCCCCCAGGAGGAGGAACCAAAGACAGUGAGAGAGUUGAACAAGGAGGAGUAUCAGACUGCUCAUCACUUAAUUCUACUUUUAAUUCUGCUGCUGUCCAUGUUUACAGGUUUGUUUCUGUGUGCCUGGAAAGUGUUUCAUAGUGAGCCUACAGGCAUCUAUGUGGAGAUAGAGUUUCUUGAUUCCUUCUUUAACUAUGGACAGGGUCUUUUUGUAUUAAUGGUGUUUGGUUUUGAUACAAAACUUGUGUUUUCUCCCAUUGUUCGAAGGCAAAUCUCUAAGUAUAGGAUAGUUUAUGCCAUAUAUGUUAGGUUACGCCGUCUUUUCUUUGGAGCUGAAGUCUUGCGUCUGCCCAAACUUAAUGAUCUGGAUGCACCAACAAAGCAAACAUGUCAACAGUUUACAGAUUACCAUAAAGAGAAUUGUAUAAGAGACAUUGUUCGAGACAGAAGGUUUAGAUACCAAACGUUCAAGAAAGUAUUUACUGGAACAGCUUUGUGCGAUUGGUUGAUGAGAGUUGGAUUAGCUUCUGACAGAUCUGAAGCUGUUUCAUAUGGGCGACAUUUGGUUCUCGGUAGAGUAAUAACUCACCUUACCAGUGAACACAAUUUCCAUGAUGCUCCAUAUUUUUAUAAAUUUUUAGAUACAUUUGAUUAUGUUAGCUGUUAAUGAGUUUGGGAAAAAAACACUACUUAUCCCACAGACUUUUUAAGAUUGUGUUGUAUCAAUUCUUAUUGAAAGAGAAUCAAAAUCUUGAUCAGAUCUUCUUUUCUGUUCAGUUGGAACUUAUUCUGAUUGAAUUAAAACAAAAUGUCAAAGUGAUAUUACUUAUGAAGUCACAUCAUCAUUUUCCACAUACUUUGGUUACAGGUUUAGUCCCAUUGUCAGCACAAAUUCAGUUCUCUGUGUUACAUCUAAUAUCAGUUUCCUACUAUUGAAUGUCCUACUCUUUGCUAUUAUUAAGUCUCAGUAUUGUAUCACUUUCCUUGAACUGAAUAUUCAAAGAUGUUACUUCAUGUCAGUUCAAUUUGUAUUUUUUUGGGUGUCUAGAGUUGUAACUCACUUAUGCUAGUCUUCUUUUGACUUCAUUGGUUCGCCACAUUGACUGGUUGAAUCAGAAACUUACUCAACUACUGUUAUUUUUUAACCCAAUAUUUAUUAUAAUCAAAUGUGGACAUUACUAUACUUAAGGUAUUAUAAUGCCUUUUUUUUCUUUGACUGUAUGAAAUAUUUAUUUCCUUGUAAUUGAUUCUGUGAAUUCAGAUGUUUAUUGAUA